GACAUCCAAUCUCAAACCAAUAAAAUCACUUCAAAUUCCGGGUUUCUAGUCAGAAUCUCAUUCAUACUAGUACCACGACACUCAACUCCCUUCUCCGUUAUAAAGGGUCACUGCCAGCCCUUUUCCAAGUUUCAUCGAUCUUUGAUCAAAACCUUAAAAACUCUCUCUUCUUUUGGAUUGUUAGCGAUCUUCUAGUGGAGGAAAUCUCUCCGAUUUUCUUGACCCGGCUACCAGUAAUCAUGUCUUACGGAUACUUCUAUGAUGAUGAUCUUCCAAUCUUCAAGCAGAUAUAUCAUUGCUUACCUGCCUCCUCUUUGAAUAAGCCACAGCUCGAAAUGGGUGAUAAAAUUAUAAUGCCUGCCUCGGCGCUUGUCCUCCUCACAAAUUUAGAAAUUAGUUUCCCAAUGUUAUUCAAACUCAAAAAUCCUGCCUCUGGACGAGUUACUCAUUGUGGGGUGCUAGAAUUCACUGCAAAGGAGGGCACAAUGCACUUACCAUCCUGGAUGAUGGAAAACUUGCUCUUAGAAGAGGGAGACAUUGUGAAAGUAAAGAAUGUGAGCCUACCGGCUGGAACAUAUAUGCAGCUGCAGCCCCAUACUAAGAACUUCUUAGACAUCACCAAUCCGAGAGCCAUGUUGGAGACUAAAUUGAGGAGCUUCUCUUGUUUAACUACUGGUGACACCAUAGUGAUUGAUUAUAGCAAUAAGAAGUUUUACAUUGAUAUAGUAGACACCAAACCCUCUGCUGCGGUAUGUAUUAUUGACACAGACUGUGAGGUGGACUUUGCUCCUCCUCUUGAUUAUGAAGAAGCCGAAGAACCAAAACCAUCUAACCUCUCUAGCAAGACAGAAUCUAGAGAGUCUAGUGAGACACAGUCAGAAGUUGAUACAGAGCUUGCCACAAAACUAAUUAAAUUCAAGCCAUUCACUGGUUCAGCAAGACGGUUGGAUGGGAAGCCUAUAACAGAAUCAGUGGCAGUAGUUUCUUCCUCUCCCAUGCCCCAGCAACCAGAAGACACUGAUGGAACCAAUGGUCCCGCGUCAUCCAGCCCUACUACAUUUCAGCAGUCUAGAAAGGUUGUGUUUGGCUCAAAAGAAACACCAGAAGCUGCCCCAAUGGCCAGUCAAAAGCACCCUCAGGAAGUGGAAAAACCAAAGUUCCAAGCAUUCACUGGGAAGAAGUAUACACUGCAAGACUGAUCAUGAAGGUUAUACUUUUUUUCAAUUGGCCAAGGGAGAACAUAAUCCAAUAUUCUCUACCUUUAUUCAUUCUUUUUGUUCACCAUAUGUUACCAUUUACCCAAAAUUUGAAAUUAGCAUGAGCAGAAGGCACGGCUUGAUACCCACAUUGAGCAUACUGCAUCAUGCAGUAAACUAAAUGCAAGUUCCACGGGUAGGACUUACGUAUCAUGUCUUCUUGUGCCCUCUGAGCUUUCAACAUUCCUAAGCUCGUUUUAAUGGAGUUUUUCAUUUUUCUUUUUCACACUUGAA